UCGACAUUGAAAUUUGUUUGCAAUAGUAAACAAAUAUUUAAAACGCGACCAACGAAAAAAAUAAGUGUGCCCACGUUUAAGUUUUACAGAAUUUAGCACACAAAGCGUUUGGCAGCGGUUUGUUUAGCAAAUUUCACGACACAAAUUUUAUUAAACGGCAACCAUAUUUUUAAACGAUUUUUUUGCAAUUAAGUUAUCAUUGACACAGCUGUUAAAGCUUCAUAAAGGAAAAAAAAUAGAAAAAUGAAUGUAUAAACAAAAAAGGAUCGAAAUAAAAAAAUUUGCCCAAAAAUAUUUAGACGCAAUUAAAUGACACAACAAAAAUAACGAAAGCAGUGUAAGAAAUUAGAAACGUGAAUCUCUUAUAAAACAUGAUGUUUUUAAGGACUUUGCGUAAUGGUGCAUUAGUACAACGUGCUGUUUCCAACAGCAAGCCCUUGUUAAAAACCUAUUUAAAUCUGCUCAUCACGCAACACUAUUCACGGAGAAGUAAUUCUAAAAAUGUCAAUAGCACUUUUAAGGUAGUCAAAUCAAAGAAAGGUUUGGAAGUAGAAGACUCAGAUGGCCUUGGAGUUGAAUGCGGACCAAAUUGGGAGCUCUUGUCACCGCGUGGAAAUCGUUUCUAUUUACCAAAUGCAGUAGGACCUGCUUGGCAAGGGAUUAACACCACAAUCAGUUUAGACGGUCCUUUGGAAUCAAUAGUUGAUUUUGAUGGAAAAAAGGAAACUAAAAAUGAGCUACUACAGCUGUCAGUGGGAGAAUGUCCGUCCUUAAUAAGGAAAUCUCUGCAUGAACUUUUUCCUUCACCUGAAGUUAUUUCAAGUGAAAAGUUAGCGUUAGUAACUUUACUGUUUAUAGGCGAUAACGAAAAAGGGGCACGAAAAUUCGUUCUAGCUGCUAAGGAAAUUUCAGCUCGUUUACGUGUACGUGGCUAUUGGGCUGAUUUUAUGAAUCCAUUUAGCGGCAAACCGUUCUAUUCUUGGGCGCAUGGCAAAAAUUUAUAUAAAGUUGAUGAACGUUGCCGUGGGCUGAAUAUGAAGUUAACUACUGAGAAUAGUUGCACUGUUAUUUCAACUGUAGAUAGCGAUAAACACUUUUCAGGAUCUAUAUAUACGAAUGCGCCAUGCAGUUUUUCGGAAAUCAAAUCAAUUCUUGACGAUCAGAGCGAACACAGUAUGAAUCCCAUUUCGCUGCUUGAUUGGUGGUAAAAAUAUCAAAAAUAUAAGUUAUCUGGUGCUUUAAAUUUUUUCCGAAGAGAAUAUUCACAUGAAAUCUGUUGCACGAAUGAUCAGUGAAGAGUUUCGCAAGUAAAAAUGAUCAGUGAAGAUUUUCGGAAAUUUAGUGAAUUAUUGGCAACCGGAUUUUACAAAAUGUUUGCAAUGUCGUCCUUGUUAAUUAUAAACUAUGUUGUGUUAAAUAAAUUUUAAAAUUACUGUUUCAA